UUAAUGAAAAUCUGAUUUUAGUUACCCUAAAAUGGAAUGUAAACACUUAGACAAAGCUGUUGAUAUAUCACCUACCUUUGUAAGAAAGUUAAUUGAAGAAAAUAGAAAUUUAUGGACAUGUGCAGAAUGCCGUUCAAAUAAAAGUCCAUGGAUGUGUUUAAAAUGUGGUAUGGUCUUAUGUGGCAGGUAUGUGAAUGGACAUUGCAAAGCACAUGGUGAAUCCAAUGAAUUUCAUUUUGUAUGCAUUGAUGCUUCACUUAUGGUGUUUUGCUAUCAAUGCGAUGAUUUUGUCAUUAAUGAUACUGAAACUGGAACAGUGGAGUUAAUACGAACUGCACUGCAAACUGAAAUCCCACAUCAAAGAAAAAGAAGAAAACGAACAGAAGAACAGUUACUGCAUCCAGAAACUCCUAAAAAGUUAUUAAAAUCUUCAUCAAAAGAAAACAUGUACAGCAAUUCACCCAAAAAAUUAAAGACUGUUGGAAUUCGGAACCUUGGAAAUACAUGCUUUAUGAAUGCUAUUUUACAGUCUCUAAGUAAUCUAAAACACUUCAGCUGCUAUUUCAAGGAGCUUCCUGCAAUCGAGUUAAACGAUGAGAAAGGAGACAAUGGAAAGAUUAAAAAAUAUUACACUCGUAGCUAUCAACCUGACGAUCUAUCUUUGGUGGAGGAACUUCGUAAAAUUCUUUGCGCUUUAUGGCAAGGUGCAACUGCAGCUAUAUCCCCAGAUGCAUUAUUUUCUGUUGUUUGGAAAGUUGUUCCACGUUUUAGAGGUUACCAACAACAUGACGCACAUGAAUUUAUGCAUUAUCUGUUAGAUCGAGUUCAUACUGAAUUGUUACAAACUAAUAUUUUUUCGAAUGGCCGUGAUACAAUUGUAUCUGGAAUAUUUGGUGGGCAGCUACAAAGUGAGGUAACCUGUCUAAAAUGUGGAACCAUUUCAAAAAAGAAAGAACCUUAUUGGGAUUUAUCUCUUGACAUUCCAUGUAAAUCGUCCAAGAAAUCGAGUGGUCAAAAAUUAGAACCUAAAUCCAAAGUUUGUCAUCUAACGGAUUGUUUACAACGUUUUAUCGAAGUUGAAGAACUUGAUGAAUCCGAAUGGUACACAUGUGAGAAAUGUAAAAAGAAGCAGCCGUCAACGAAAAAAUUCUGGUUAUUACAGCUGCCUAACGUAUUAUGUCUUCAUUUAAAACGAUUUCGUUAUUCACCUCAUGGUCGAACGAAAGUGGACACAUUUGUUCGUUUUCCAAUCACAGAGUUAAAUAUGAAUAGUUACAUGCUAAAACAAGGACAAAAACAACAUAGACUAUCAACAAAGGCACAUGUCUAUGACUUAGCAGCUGCUGUUGUUCAUCAUGGUAGCGGGGCUGGUUCUGGGCAUUAUACAACCUAUGCUAGGCAUGAAGGUGCUUGGUAUAACUUCAAUGAUAGUACAGUUUCGUUAACAAGCGAAGACUCAAUCACACACUGUAAAGGUUACAUCCUCUUCUACACAAGACAGUAUCCUGAUGUGAACAUUAUUGAACGUAUUAAAGAAAAUGUAAAGCGAGCCAAAUAAUUAUAAUAGAUAGAAUGAUUUUCUAAAUGUUUUUAAAAUUUUAUAUUAGUUUUAAAUGACAGCGUGUUGUUGUUGUUUUGUGUGUAUUUUUUGGUUUAGUUGUUUGAGUUUUUGUCAUUGAAUCUAUUAUUUUUUGUGAAUCAUUUGAUGUUUAGUAUUGCAUAAAAUGGCAUUUUACUAAUAAAUUUGUUCACCUUA